UAAGGGUGUUUAACACCGCCGCCUACAGUUCAGGAUAAGGCAACGCGUCGCAGCGCAAUGGCUGAACAGGAAGCACCAGCGCCUCUGAAAUCGCUGGAUUCUCAUGAUCCGACAUAUGUCGUUUUUAUCAAUAAAACCAACGAGAAUGCCGAAGCGUGGUGGUUAAAUUUUUCGGGGAUCCCAGUGCCGUACGGUGCCAUAAGCCCCGGGAACGCUUUGCAAAUGGACACAUAUACAACCCACCCGUGGGUCUUUAGAGCAUCCGACGGCUUCCAACUCCUUGCAAACCUAAGUGAAGUUUAUUUUCCUGAAGUUGGGGAGUACGAGGAGGACGGAUACCCGCUUUACAAGCGCGUGCAUGUGACCGCCCCAGUAUACUCGUUACAAGAGUACUGCACGCGCAUGAUCCGAAAAAUGGUACGAAAAGAAGACGUCAACAAACUGGAAAUCGCCGCGUUUUUGAAAAAGGAGAUCAGCCGAGCACCCAAUCUAAGAAGAGACUUGAAAGUUUUAGCCGCGCGGAGAGCAACGAAUGGUUCAUAGUGACAUUUCUCUCUUAUUUCUCAAAUUGCAAGCCAAAGUAACUUUAGUUUUUUUCAGCACGGAUGACAGUCUGGAGAAGUGACCGGUGUUAGAAGUUGAAGUGUGAAGGAUGUAAUUCAGCCGGUUGUUAAAAACAGUUCACCCGAAAAUAAAAAGGCUUUCAUCUUCUGUCUAUACUGUUACCCUUAAAUUAAUCCAAAUCUGUAUACAUUACAUUUCUUUGUUCUGUUGAACACAGAUAAAGAUAUUUGGAAGAGUGCUUAUUUAUUACAAUGGUAGUCAAUAGUGCCCCAGACAUGUUUGCUUGUUUACAUUCUUCAAAAUAUCUUAUUUUGUGUUCAACGGAAGCAAUGGGGCAUAUGAACACGAAGCGUUAACGUAUGUCUGCUAAAAUCUCUGUCUAUCUGUUGUCGAUUUACUGGAAUUUGAACGUUUUCUUAAUAAACGCAUCGAUAUGACUUGAUUAAAUAUUACACCGGCCCAAUUAGAAAGGAAGUGGCUUAGCUGGCUGAGAUUUUAGCAGAAUUACGUCAUCGCCCCGUAUGCAUAGCCAAUGGCAGUCAACAGGGGCAAAAAACUGUUUGGUUUAAGCAUUCUUCCAAAUUUCUUUGUUAUUAGAAGAUUUUGGGGUAAACUGUUCCUUAAAAGAUGGGAAAACGCACACCGUUUCUGCAACUCUCAUAUUAUUAUUGAGGACCUAUACGAAAUAUGCAAUACUGCUGUAUCUUCUCAGUGUAUUUUGUUUGAUAUGUAUAAAAGAGAUUAUCCCUUUGUGUUGUUUAUAUUAUAGUUUGCCAACAAAACAGACAUAUGACUCAGUUUGACUUACCGCGCGCGCGGUUAAUGUCCGGCAACUUUUAGCGCUGAGACCGCACCAUCUAUCCGUUUCAAACUAUCGGGAGAGUGGCCAAUUAAAGUGAAUACGAUCCCUGUAUAGAAAAAUGGGAUCCAGCAAAAAACUUUCCCAAGCAAGUUGGACUGCUGGGCUAGUGUAUCGAGCACAGAAAUACUAUGUCAUACGUCCAACUCGUAUUUAUCAAGUUGACCAUGUUAAGCAUGAGAAGCCGGCACGUU